AUGGGAGUCUUCUGGGGUGGAACUGCUGAGGUGCUUCUGCUUGGCCCGGGCAAAGCUGCCCUGGGCCUUCUCAGGAGCUUGGAGCGGCAAGCGGCUUCGAAGCGGCAGCCGAAGGGCUGGGAGCUACAGGAGCACAAGGUGAUCUCGACCUAUGCGGUCCGCGGCAAAGAGAAGAAAGGCACAGGCCGCUUUCAACUCUUCGAGGACGCCAAGAAGCGCGGCUACGGCGGUCGCUCUGCAGGAGCCAAGCUGCGGCGUCACAACGCGAAGCGUUUCUUCGAGAAGAUCAACAGCAAGUUCGAUGAGUGGGGCCUUGAACUUCGCCGUCUUUGGAAGGAAGAUCCCGAGGCAGAGGGCGCUGUGAGGGGAUGGCCACCCACUGCCGUGUUUUUUGCAGGCGAUCUGCGAUUACGGCGGAUGCUCUUAGACUGCAAGAAUCCGAAGUGCCCGCUGCCGAGCGACACGAAGCUGUGGAUCAAAGUCCCCGCUCCCUUCUCCGAAGCGGAUCCUUCUCUCGAGGCCCUCCAGAAGACGGCCGAAUUCCUUUGCUGCGGGGAGGUGGCCACUGUGGACUCCUGUCCCGCGCCGGAGAUGGGCGAACAAAGGGGCUUGCAAAAUGUGGACCAAUGA